AUGGGAAACCUCGUAAACUAUAAGGAUACUUGGAAGUUGGUCAUUCACACUGACCUAAGCCCCAUAUUUGAAAGAGAGGCUACCAUCAAGCAAUACCUAUCGAAAACUAAAAAGAUGUGUGGAACAACCUCUCUAGAAUUGCAAAGAAUAUGCAAGGCUUUCAGCACUUCUUCUAAGGCUCGUCUUCAGGAAAUAGAUGCCAAAUUAGAAUACGUUAAGGAAACCAUACUCGAUCCACAGUCAAAAAGGAAAAGAGGACUAAUUGACGGACUAGGAUCCUUAGCCAAAUCCUUGUUCGGUACAAUGGAUGCCGAGGAUGCCAAACUGAUAAAUAAGCAGAUAACGGCUUUUAAUAAAGAAGGAAGCGCAUUAAAAACCGCUUUAAAAAAUCAGGUGCAGAUCACUAAAGCAAAUUUGCGGAUGAUAAACGAAACCGCAGCUAACGCUGAACACAACGAGAUGAUACUGUUUAACCUUACAUCCCAUAUUAAAGAACAAAUGGACGAAGGAUUUAGACUGGAAUCUUUCCGAGAAGAACUCGACGAACAUUUUAUUAUCCUCUCGUUAUACAUCGAAAUGUUUCAUGGAUGUGUUCAGGAUCUUGUAGAAUAUCUGGUAGAAAUCCAAAAGGGAAUCCUAUAUCCAGGAAUAGUAUCGUAUCCAAAAAUAAUUAAACUACUGAAAGAAUCUCUAGAACACUUACCUCAAGGGUUAAACUACCCAAUAGCCUUGAUACCCGAAAACGCAAGAUACCUCAAAGAAAUUUCAGAAAUAGAGGCCUAUAGUGAAGGUAACUCCAUCGUUACAAUAAUCAAAAUACCACUGACAUCAUCCCAAGAGUACCACGUAAAUAGAAUACACUCUCUGCCUGUACACAUGAAAAAUGGCACGUACGCUUAUAUAAAGGCGGAAGAAAAAUACGCAAUAGUGGGACACGAAAUGCAAACGUUCAUCAGGAUGACGCGAACCGAAUUGGACAACUGUAAGAAAAUUAAGGAUCAAUACUUGUGUGAAGCAAGGCACCCAGUAUUCAAAAUUAGACCAUACGGUUCCUGCGAAACCCAACUUUUUACAAAUCCAUCGUCAUACCCUCUAUCCUGCGAAACAAGGCAAAUCAAAAUUGAAAACACACUCCUAAUCGAAAUGGAGAACCCCAACUCUUCCAUCGUCGUACCCUCUAUCAUGUGA